AUGCUUCUUCCUGAGGUGAAGGAGUUGUUUGAGUACAAUUUUCAAGGGUUGGUGGUGCUUGCGAUGGAUAGGGAGGAUGAGAGGUUGGUGGAGAGUAGGGAGGUGUGUAGGGCUUAUGCGCUCAAGUGGAGGGGGGUGAAGACAGAUGAGCUGGAGCCCCAUGUUAAGGAGGGGGAGGUUACGCUGUCGGAGAGCAGUGGGCAGCUGGAGGCCAGAAGAUGA